UCGUCGCAGAAGAAGAAGAAGACAAAGAUGGGGAAGCAGCCGGUGAAACUGAAGGCGGUGGUUUACGCAUUGUCACCGUUUCAGCAGAAGAUCAUGACUGGUCUAUGGAAAGAUCUGCCUGAGAAGAUCCACCACAAGGUCUCUGAAAAUUGGAUCAGCACUAUUCUCCUCCUCGCUCCCGUCAUCGGAACCUACUCAAAUACUUGCCCUCUUCUUCACGCCGCCGUCCGAGGAGCCGUUACUUCUGCCGUUGCAUUCGAUCCUAGAAUGGGUGCAUCUCUCCUUCGUCUGUUCUACCUCGACUGCUUCGUCAACGGAUGCGACGCUUCGAUUCUACUAGAUGACACAUCAAGCUUCACGGGAGAACAAAACGCUGCCUCAAACCACAAUUCUGCUCGAGGGUUUAAUGUCAUCGACAACAUCAAAUCAGCGGUUGAGAGAGUAUGCCCUGGGGUCGUGUCUUGUGCUGAUAUCUUAGCCAUCGCAGCUAGAGACUCGGUCGUAACCCUUGGAGGGCCUAGUUGGCUGUUGAAUUUAGGAAGAAGAGAUGCAAGAACGGCGAGUCAAGCGGCGGCGAAUAGUAGCAUUCCAGCGCCGACUUCGAGUCUGAGCCAGCUUAUUACUAGUUUCGCCAACCUUGGAUUCACCGCUAGAGAUAUGGUUGCUCUCUCCGGCGCGCACACGAUCGGGCAAGCCCAGUGCAGAAACUUCCGAACGAGGAUCUACCAAGAAACAAACAUUGCCCCCCCUUUCGCCGCCACACUCCAGCAAAACUGCCCGAUAGCCUCCGGCUCCGGCGACGGAAAUCUAGCUCCACUGGACUCAAUUACACCGUUUGUUUUCGACAACAGUUACUUCAGGAACCUCAUGAGCCAGAGAGGUCUCCUCCAUUCUGACCAAGUGCUUUUCAACGGUGGCUCCACCGACUCCAUCGUCCGUGAGUACAGCCAAAAUGCGAGGGUUUUUCGCAACGAUUUCGCGGCGGCGAUGGUCAAGAUGAGUCAUAUUAGCCCCUUGACUGGCACUGCUGGUGAGAUCCGGAGUAACUGCGGGAGGACAAACUGAUUCAAACCUUCGUAUUCCAGAUAUUUCGAAGAUCUCUAUUAAUGUUUUUGCUUUUUUUUAAAAAAAAUUUCUA